CCUUUGCGCUCCAAGCAGGAAGAACGUUCUCUCGCAGGGGCUCACACUGAUCCAAGUUAGGAGCUUUCAGCUGCCAGCCUUGGCCCAUCAUGUAAGUGCUGCGGAGAAUUCUUUGCAGUGCAAUUGCAAAAAUUACCUGUUUUCCCGUCGCCUGCGGGGGCCGUGCAAUUGUACCGCCGCUCCUUGCACGGACACGCACGCUCCGGACGCAAAAAGGCUCCAAGUGCAUGAAGAUCGAGGCUUGUAUUUUGCAUCUUUGUUGCAAAAGCAAGCCGCUGAAGCUCCAGUGCGAGGGCGAUGGAGGGAGGGAGUGAGAAAGAAGGCAAAGUCUUUUGUGCUUCCCCUCCCCCUCAUCAAAGCAAAGGGGAAAUGUCUCAGCCAAAGGGAGGUAAGAGGAAGCCGGUGCUCAAGCUCCCCAGGGAGGUGUUUGAGCAGCCUCCUCCCGCCGCAGUACCCCCCAGAGAUUUGGAUUCAAAAGCUUGUGUAACCAUCGGAGAGAAGAACUUCGAGGUGAAGGCCGAUGACCUGGAGCAGAUCUGCGAGCUCGGCCGAGGAGCGUACGGCGUGGUGGACAAGAUGAGGCACGUUCCCAGCGGCCUGAUCAUGGCCGUGAAGCGGAUUCGGGCCACAGUGAACACGCAGGAGCAGAAGAGGCUGCUGAUGGACCUGGACAUCUCCAUGAGGACAGUGGACUGUUUCUACACCGUCACCUUCUACGGAGCGCUCUUCAGAGAGGGCGACGUGUGGAUCUGCAUGGAGCUGAUGGACACGUCCCUCGACAAGUUUUACAAGCAGGUGAUCGAGAAGGGCAUGACCAUCCCCGAGGACAUCCUGGGGAAGAUCGCCGUCUCAAUAGUCAAAGCUUUGGAGCAUCUGCACAGCAACCUGCAGGUCAUACACAGAGACGUGAAGCCGUCCAACGUGCUGAUCAACACUCAGGGUCAGGUCAAGAUGUGCGACUUCGGCAUCAGCGGCUACCUGGUCGACUCUGUGGCCAAAACCAUGGACGCCGGCUGCAAACCCUACAUGGCGCCGGAGCGAAUCAACCCGGAGACGAACCAGAAAGGAUACAACGUCAAAUCUGACAUCUGGAGUUUAGGAAUCACGAUGAUCGAGCUCGCCAUCCUGCGCUUCCCGUACGACUCGUGGGGGACGCCGUUCCAGCAGCUGAAGCAGGUGGUGGAAGAACCUUCGCCCCAGCUUCCUGCCGACCAGUUCUCCCCCGAUUUUGUGGACUUCAGCUCUCUGUGCUUAAAGAAAGUUUCCAAAGAGCGGCCGACUUACACAGAACUCAUGCAACAUCCCUUCUUCACCUCCCACGAGGCCAAAGAAACCGACGUGGCUAGCUUUGUGAAAGUCAUCCUGGGGGGACUGAGCCGCCGCUCUUUGCGCAGGAGGGAGGUGUGAUCCAUCAGAAAGAGGGAAAAAAAAAUUCAACUAACUAACAAAAAGCACCAACCGCAGCCCCCCCAACCCCACCACCUCGUUACCCGCAGGACUCCCCCUGCCUCCUCUCACCCCUCGGAGCCCGGAGGAGACGCUGCAGGGCGAGGAGCCUGACCCCGCCCCCCACCUGGCUCCCUCAUGACCCAAAGUGGGAGGGAUGGGGGAGUUGUUCAAGAUGUCUGUAUGCAA